UAAAAAGAAAUCUCUAAAGAUAUUAGGGUAGCGUAUACAUAUCAAAUACAUACAAAGAAUCCCUUCAAGGACCAAAGAAAUGUCAGAGGCAUGCACCAUGUUUUUAUUAUUUUGUACUCUUCUUUUGCAAGAUCUCAAUGAGGCAUGGGAUGUAAAGUGGAAAUUCAUUACCUUAGUGGGAGUAAUCAAGCGAUGAUUAAAGAAGAAUGAUAAAGAUUGGACUCGGUUGGCUGCCUUAUCUAUUAGUAUAUAAAAUAUUAAAUUAUGACAUGGAUAAAGAUAUGAGAGGGGUAGGAGACUUAUAAUUGAAGCAGAGAGCCCUUGAGAUGGUUCAGAAAUUAAACCUUGAUUGCGACUCUCUAAUCCAAUUUUGAUUUGACCCACCUUUUUUUUUUCUAAAGAAAAAUGUGCUUGUAUUAACUCCAAUAAUGACCAUUCAGCAGUAUUCAUUGCUCCCACUUUGGAAUCCAUUUCCAUUGCAACAUUUACUUACCCAUUCCGCACUUGUUUUAACGGCGGCGCUACAAAAAGUAGUUCAACGCAGUAAUGAGGUUCUGGCUUUGCCGUUCUGGCGGUUCUCUUUUAUCCUUUUUCUUUUGCCUUCCUUUGUCCCGUUUCCGGCUAUUUUGAGAUCCCCUUUGUAAUGUUCUUGGAAUCCAUGUUUUGGGUGGUGCCGAGAUCUGCACUUCUGCGGUUUUUUUGGGCGUAAUAUGAUAAUCUACACUCCCCUAUCUGCUUGGAUCGGUCGCGUUUUUGCAUGCAUGGGAGCAGAGGUUGUCUUGGAUGCUGUACCAAACCCACACCAAUUAUUGCUGUGGACGAGCCAUCAAAGGGAUUGAGAAUUCAAGGGCGGACAGUGAAGAAACCCAGUAUAUCAGAAGAUUUUUGGAGCACCAGCACAUGCGAGAUAGAUAACAGCACUGUCCAAUCUCAAAGAAGCAUAUCAUCUAUCAGCACCUCAAACCAGUCCCUUACUCACUAUAGCGGCAUUGGUAGCACGAGCAAUAAUUCUGAAUUUAUAAAUCAUGGUCUUCUUCUCUGGAAUCAGACAAGGCUUCAGUGGGUUGGAAAUAAAAGGUCUGAGAAUCAGAGUCAACAAAUUCGGGAGCCCAGAUUAAGAUGGAAUGCAACUUAUGAAGGUUUACUCGGAACCAACAGGCGUUUCUCCCAGCCCAUCCCUCUCUCUGAAAUGAUAGAUUUUCUGGUGGACGUAUGGGACCAGGAGGGGAUGUAUGAUUGACAAAGGGAAUUCCAGGAAAUGUUUUGGUUUCUUCAUAUAUCAGGAACCCCCGUCUUUAUAAAUUGUAACUUUAUAAAAAGGUUUGAUAUAUUGCUGAAGAGAGAAAAAGAUUGAAAAAAAUCAAGGGAUUCUUUGUCGGUUAUCAUUUCAAAUGUUAAUAUCCAUCCAAUCUUUUUCUCUCUCGCGUACACAUGCCUGUUGAAUAUUGCCUACUGGACUCAAUGGUAUCAGCCACUUAGUAUGCAUUUAGUCCUUGGAAAAUAGACAUGAUAACCAAGCUUGGUGGUUUCCAGAUUGACCUCUACCUGUAUAGUUUUGAUUACUACUGAUUAACAGUUGAGGGAACUUGUUAUUCAUAUUAAGAGUAUUCCCAAUGACACAAUGGUAUCAUCUGUGAUAUAAUGGCACCAAGAAGCACUGUACAUGCUGUUUAAUGAAAUAUCUGUGAGAGGAUUGCCACUGA